AUGGCGCAGCAUCAAAAUCCAAAAACUUUGAUCAAUCAGUUUUACCAACGCGCUAAGGCAGACCCGCCGCGCUACGAGGUUGAGCUCGCGCCCGUCGAUGGCCAAGAAAACCGCUUCAUAUGCACGUUGAUUUUGCCAUCGGUUACAGCUGAGGGCGAAACGCUUCCUGAGCAGAUAUUUCAGGAGGAGGGUCGCUCCAAGAAGGCGGCGCAGGACGCGGCCGCUGCAACGGCAUUUCAGUUCCUGUCAGAACAACCUGUGUACGGGAACUUGAAGCCGUACGAGGAGUCCCUCUUACGGACGCUGGCUACCAGGGGCCUGUUCCGGGACCCCGAGAUGCACGGCGCAGCUGCCUCCGCGGUGGCCUACCUGGACGGGUACCUGCCCCUGGCGGCACUGCCACAUAGCCGGAUACUGAGGGGAUGGGCCAAGGAGUAUGGCAAGUCGUACGACCCGGAUCUGGCGUCCGACCCUAUGGCGCUGGUUGACGUUGUACGGCGGGAGCUGGCAGCACAAGCGGAGGUGGCGGUGCCGCCGAAGGCAGCAGCGGUGGAGGCGGCGGAGAGCGCAGCGGCGGAGGCGGCGCUGACGGCGGCGGGGCUCCAUUGUGGGCCGCCUGGGGACCCGGCGGUGGAGGCGGCCAAGGUUGCCGCAGCUGGCGCUGCCGCGGGGGCGGCUGCAGCACUGGGUUGGAAUCUGGGCCCCAGUGGGUUGUGUGUACGGCUACCGCGGGAGUCUGCUGAGUCCGCCCCUCCUGGAGUUAUCUGGGAGGAAGUCGACCCGGCGAUUGAGGCGGCGGGGGGGGUGGCCUCGCUGGUGGUUAUUCCCGCGGACAGCAGUCUGCCUCUGCGGGAGGAGUCCAUUCCGGCUCGGGGCUGUCUGCUGUGGGGCAGGGUGGGACAUAAGGCCUCGGUUAUUGCUGAUCCACGGGUCGCGAGCGCCGCAGCCCUGGCGGCAGCAGCAGCGCCUAAGGCAGAGGAAAAAGGGCCGCCGCCGUCACGUCCCCGCCGCCACCCUGACUCCGCCGGCGCCACCCCGACCGCCUCCGAGCAGUCCAUUUGCCUGCCGCCGUCCGGCAGCGUGGGCACGGAGGUGACGGGUGGGCUUAGGCUGUUGGAGCAGCGGAUUGGUGCAGCGGCGGCGGCAGGGCUCGGUGACGCCGACGGAGGUGGCGGCGGCGCCGUCAUUACUGCCGUAUCAUUGGCUCAGCCGCCGGCCUCGCCUUGCGUGUAUCGGGCUGAGUCCACCUUGUCUCUGGCUGUGCACCGGGGGCCAGCGGCCAUGGACUGGGAGGCGGACGGCCAAACCGAGGUCCGCGGACCCGAGCACGUCGCCGCCCCCUCCGCCACGGGGGGGAGAGCUGGGGGAGGGGGCCCCCGGGGAGGUCGCCAGUCGGGGGCACAAGGUCGAGGAGCUGCCAAGACCGCGCCGGCCGGCCGGUCGGCAACCGCCGCAUCUGCAAAUCGGUCUGGAGGUGGCGGAGGUGGAGCCGCUGCCGCUGCGGGCGCAGGACUGCCGGCUCUGCAGGGGAAGCGGGGGAGCGGCAGCGGCGCCGUAGGCGGCGGCGGCGGCAGCGGGGGAGGUGGCCACAACGCCAGCGGUGGUGGCAGCAGCCCCCGCCACUUGAUGCUACCGCCGCUGCCAGCCACACCCUCGUCACAAGGUGGCGGCCGCCGCAGCUUUGACGCGGCGGCGGCAGCGGCAACGGCGGCAGCGGAGCCACCGCCGCUGGCUUCCCUGCGCAACGCCAUUGCCUUGCUGUCACCUGCCGCCUACACCCGGGCCGCCCACGCGCCGCUGCUGCUGCGCGGCCUGCCCGCGGAGUACCGGGGCCCGGCCUCCUGGGUGGGGCCACCGCCGCGGCAACUUCUAGACAACUACAUGGCGGCGCACAGCCCCGCUGCCGCCAUCACCUCCCUGGAGCUUGUCGUACCAGAUGUGGAUUUGCCGGGGGAGGGGCUGGCGGAGCUGGCGGGUACCAACUUCUUAGGGCUGCCGUACAAGGUCACAGCGGGUCCGGGCCCGCUGGAUAUCGUGUCCCAGCAGGUGGCGCUGUCCGCCCUCCUCGAACUGCAGAGCCUGGAUGCGGCGUGUCUGGGAGGCACUGUGACCGCGGAGCAGCUGACGGGGCAGCAGCAGCCGCAGCAGCAGCCGCCAACACCUUCAGCACCAACACAGCAGCAGCAGCCUCAGCCGGGAGCAGCGACACGGCCCGCAGCAGCAGCAGCAGUACCUGCGGCACCCACCCAGGGGGAGGGAGCCACAGCGGAGGCGGUGGGGGAGGUGGAGGUGCUGGAUCCGGGGUUGGCACAUGCACGGCAACCACAAGAGGGGUCCAUGGUCAAGAUCGGCUACUACAUCUCCCUGCCACCCUACCAACGGUCCUGGCGACCCACCGGCGGCAGUGGCUCAGGGGCCGCCGAGGGGGAGGAGGGGUCCGGGGCCGAGGUCGGGCAGCAGGGCGAGGGGGGCCCGACCGCACCACCGCCCCCGGGGGUGGGGGGUGGUUUGGUGUUGGAGCAGCACCCGGGUCUGACUCUGGCUGUGGGGUGUGCGGGAGCGCCCGCAGUCCCCCCCGAGCUGGAUGCGGCGGUGCGGGCCCUGCGAGUGGGGGGACGAGCCAGAUGCAGGCAGGUCCAGCAAUCCGCUUCCACCUCGUUGUCCGUACCCGCCGAGGGAUGUGACCCCCUGGGAGCCGGGUUCCCCCACCUGGACACAUGUCUGGACCUCACACUGCUACAUGCUACCCUGCCGGUGGUGGAGGGAAGGGGGGGCCCGGCGGGGGCCGGGUCGGGGCCGCCGCUGUUUACUCCGCCGCUGGGGCAGCAGAGGAUGGAGGCGGUUGCUGCGGCUCUCCGGCGGGAGGGUGUGGCCACCCUGGUGGAUCUAGGUUGUGGGGAGGGCAAGCUGGUGGAGGGGCUGCUACAGGGCCGGCAUGGGGUGGACUGCGGGGGCCCCCUGGAGCGAGUAGUGGGGGUGGACAUCAGCCGGGGGGCCCUCCAGGGGGCCGCCAGGAGGCUGGGCAAGAUGAGGGCGGCGGCGGCGGCGCUGGAGGAGAUGCCGGUGUCUGGGGAGGAGUCCGUACCCCGGCCAGUCGAGGUGCUGUUAUACCGGGGCAGUGCGCUGAGCCCCGCGCUGGCGAGGAGGGGGACGAGCAGGGCGAGGAGGAGGAAGACAGCGGCAGCAGCAGAGGCAGCAGGCGGUGGUGGAGUCAGCGGCGCCGACCCGUGGGUCAGCCUCCGGGGCUGUGAUGCAGUGGCCAUGGUGGAGGUGGUGGAGCAUCUGGAUCCAGAGCCACUACAGCUCCUUGGUCCCUGUGUGUUGGGCGGUUUACGUCCCCGGCUGCUGCUGGUGACCACCCCCAACUGGGAGUACAACCUGGUCAUGAGGACAUGCGAACAGCUGGCAGCGGAGGCAGCAACAACAGCAGCAGCAGCCAAUCGCCGCAAACCCAACUCGGCUGGGUCCCCCGCCCCCGUCCCCGUCCCCGCCGUCCCUGGAGCCCAUUGGCCAGGUCCCCCGGGUCGCGACGGCCUGCCGCUGCGCUGCGGGGACCACCGGUUCGAGUGGACCCGGGGGGAGUUUCGGAGCUGGGCGGAGGGUCUGGCGGGGCGGUGGGGGUACGACGUGUGUUUCCGGGGUAUUGGUCACGCCAACGACGAGGCGGGUGCGCUCAUGUCCCCGGGUUACAAGGGCCCGGGGGACCCGGGUGAGGCCACCCAGAUGGCCAUAUUUCGGCGUAAGGACGGCGAGCAGGAGGGGGAGCAGGGAGAGGGGGAGCAGGGAGAAGGGGGGGAGGGAGAAGGGGGGGAGGGAGAGGGGGAGGAAGGACAGGAGGGGGAAAGUUGGGAGUUGGUAUGGGGUCCGGCUUUGGUGGCCGCCCCCAGGGAGGAGAUGGAGGAGAUGGAGGCGAAGGUGGAGGCGGCGGACGCCAGGUCGCAGGGUGAAGGAGGGGGUGGGGGCGGGGCUGAAGGGGGGGCCCAGAUGCGAGUACGGCCGCUGUCGACGGUGAUCCCGGCGGCGAAGGUGGAGGGGGCGGCGGUGUCCGGUGGCGUCAAGCGGACCGGCGGCGAUGUGGCGGCGCGGGGCCUGCAGCGGGAGGUGGCCGCAGGCAGCAUCGCAGCUGGCAGCGGCGGAGGUAGCGCUCCAGAGGGCCCUAUGGGACCACCGGCUAAGCGCCAGCGCCGAGCUGCGGGUGGGAAUCCAGCCGGGGUGCGGGACGGCGGUGAACCCCCUGAUCCAGACGCUGCCUCUGGCGACGUAGGGGACCCAGCAGCAGGGGGCGGGGAUUUGUCACCGUGUCUGCGCCGGACUACCGGGGAACAUGGCAGCAGACUUGACACCAUUUCCGUAUCCAUACCUGACUUGAGUGCAGAGUAUCAGACUGUGGGAGAUCUGUGGAGUGAGUGGACGGAAGGCAUCCUACUGCCCAGGCGCCGGGGACGCCUUGCACCACUGAGCGUGCUGGAGCACAGGGAUCUCCGGUCAGUGUGGAGGAGCGGGAAGGACAUGAUUAAGAACAUAAACCUUCGGAAGACUGUUAUCUACGCUCUUCACCGGCGGGUGUGUGGGCAGCCGCGAAACAAGGAGGAUGUCGCGGCUGGAAGGCAGUAUGAGCCUAUGGACCUUGCGGCUGCGUGGGACGACCUGCAAACCACCUAUGGGGGUGGGCCGUCCCGGCCGCUCAGUGUGAGCCACUUAGCCCGCUCCAUCCGGGAGAUGCCGCCCGCAACAUAUGAGGCGUACGCUUCGCAGGCUGGGCUGCAGCUCUUCCCCUGCUUGCGAUGA